AGAGGGGACACUUGUUGCACAACGGAUCAAAUUCAAACUGAAAAUUUACAAAAUUAAGUGAUUUUCAACAAGUCCUAACAUUAUAGAAUCUUAAUAAAAUUGCCUUUGCGUGUUCGGUUGUGUUUUAAACUGGGUGUCAUUUUAGUGAUUUUAUAUUGUCAUAACUUAGAUACAUCAGUAGUUAUUAAAACUUAAAACUGUCUUUAUAGUAAUCUGCCAUUCAUCUGAGACAGUGAACAUUAAAUAAUUUAUUGUCUUUUCACGAGUUCUGUGGAUUUCAACUAGACCUACUAGAUGUUGAAAGAAGAAGAAUAGUUUCUUAGUAGAUGUCGAAACUGUUUUAGAAGUUAACUUAGUUGGCCUAAUUUUAUUAUUAAUAAUUUCAAGAAUGGUAUGGGAUGAAGACGCUCCAUUCUGCAAUUCCACUUUUUGGGAUCCAGAGAUUCUGUGGGACAGUCCAGACCCGGAGUUUACUCCGUGUUUUGAGAAGACAGUUCUGGUUUGGGGACCAUGUUUGUUUCUAUGGAUCUUCUCUCCCCUGGAGGUGUUUUUCAUCUCGCAGAGCCGCUGCCGAGACAUACCUUGGGGCAUCCUCAACACCUGCAAGCUGUUUAUGAACCUGGUGCUGUUUGGGCUGUGUUCAGCCAGUUUAUUCAAGUCAAUCGCAGUCUACUUCUCUGGUGGUCAAGUGUUUCCCGUAGACAUAUGGACACCUGUUGUACAAAUGGCUACUUUUGUUCUAGCGAUAGUAUUUCUUCUGUGGAACAAAAUUCGAGGGAUUCAAACUUCAGGAGUUCUUUUUGUGUUCUGGUUGCUGCUAUCAAUAGGAGGGAUCUCACAGUUCCGCACGGAAAUCAGACGGGAGAUCAAAGGGGAGCUAGGAGACAACAUGUUUGGUUUCAUCAUUUACAUGAUAUACUAUCCCAUAGUGGUGCUUAUGUUCCUGUUUAACUUCUUCCCGGAUAAACGACCACGGGAAACAAACUAUCCACGAUCAAAUAAGAAGUUAUGCCCGGAAAUAGAAUCAUCCUUUGUAUCCAAACUCAUUUUCCGCUGGCUCGACCCGUUGGUUUGGAAGGGUUAUCGAAGGCCGCUGACAAUCGAGGACUUGUGGGACUUGAGGCAUCAGGAUAAAUCCUCCCAGAUCACUCCUCAGUUCCAAAAAUGCUGGGACAAACAAUCUCAAAACAAAACACACCCUGCAGAAAAUGGAGUUUCAAAGACGUACGGGACAAUGGCCAGAACAAGAAUAAAAAAGCAAGUGAAUGUUCUUCGUCCGAUCUUCAGAACAUUUUGGAGACUUUUUGCUGCAGGAGGAACAUGUAGGGUGGUUGGAGAUCUUUUCUCAUUUGCCAGCCCUCAAAUUUUGAGCUUGAUGAUGAAGUUUGUCGCCAGUGAUGAGUAUUUGUGGAGAGGUGUAGUUUACGCUAUCGGAUUGUUUCUUGCCUCGGAAAUGCAAACUUUCUUCUACCACCAUAACCUGAUGACCAUGUCAGUCCUCGGACUCAACAUCAGGACGGCCGUUAUCUCUGCGAUUUACAGAAAGUCUCUUCGCAUCUCCAGUGCUGCCCGCCGAGAAUCUCCGGUCGGAGAAGUUGUCAACCUGAUGGCUGUUGAUGCUCAGAGAUUCAUCGACUUCUCCGCUUACUUCAAUCUCAUCUACGCCGCACCGAUUAUAAUCAUCAUUGCCAUGUACUUUUUGUGGGAUUUAUUAGGGCCCUCAGCGUUUGCAGGGUUGGCAAUCAUGGUGAUUCUUGUCCCGAUCAACAUCGCUAUAGCCAACAGAGUCAAAUCUUUUCAGAUGAAGCAGAUGAAAUAUAAAGACGACAGAGUCAAACUGAUGAAUGAAGUCCUCUCUGGGGUUAAGGUACUGAAACUGUAUGCUUGGGAACCAAGUUUUGAACAACAAAUCUGCAAGAUAAGAGAAAAAGAAGUUUCAAUGUUGAGAAAAGCUGCUCUACUCAAUGCAUCCAUUUCUUUCCUUUGGAGCUGUUCACCAUUUUUGGUGUCGCUGGCCACUUUUGGAGUGUACGUGAUGAGUGACGACUCUCACGUCCUGACAGCCGAGGUGGCGUUUGUUGCGGCUUCUCUAUUCAACCUCAUGAAAAACCCGAUCAACAUGUUCCCUCAAGCUGUCCAGGUUUUAGUGCAGACUCUGGUGUCCACGAAGAGAAUAAACAAAUUCUUAAACGCUGAGGAAUUGGAUGUUCAUUCUGUUUCACACGACAUAAAUGAGAGAGAACCCCUGAUCAUGGACAGUGCGACUCUCUCAUGGGGGACAGAAUCCUCCGACCAACCGAUCCUUCGCAACAUCGACCUGAGGGUCAAGAAGGGGUCGUUGGUGGCAGUGGUAGGAGCCGUGGGAGCUGGCAAGAGCUCUCUCAUCAACGCUUUUCUGGGAGAAAUGGACAAGAUCUCUGGAUACAUCAAUACAACAGGCCGCAUCGCAUACGUCCCUCAACAGGCUUGGAUCCAAAACGCCACAGUGAAGGACAACAUCUUGUUUGGUCUCAGACAUGAUUCCAAGCGCUACCGAAACACCAUAGAGUCCUGUGCCCUUGCGCAAGACCUUGAAAUGCUCCCUGGGGGAGAUGCAACUGAAAUAGGGGAAAAGGGCAUAAACCUGAGUGGUGGCCAGAAGCAGAGAGUCAGUCUAGCCAGGGCAGUAUACAAUGAUGCUGACACUUAUCUGCUAGAUGAUCCACUCAGUGCUGUAGACUCACAUGUGGGGAAACACAUCUUUGAGAACGUCAUCGGACCUAAGGGAGUGCUCAGCAAAAAGACAAGACUUUUGGUCACUCAUGGAGUCACGUUUCUUCCCAAAGUAGAUGUUAUUGUUGUGCUGAAAGAUGGAAUGAUCUCAGAAAUUGGUACUUUCAAAGAGUUGUUGAACGAAAGAGGUGAAUUUGCAGAGUUCCUAGUACAGCACAUCACAGAAACUGAGGAUUCAGAACUGGAAUCUGAAAUUGAAGAAAUGGUAGAAGAAAAUCCGCUUUUGAGAGCAAAACUGCAGAAACAGACGAGCAGUGUUGAGUCUGUACGCUCUGUUAGAUCUGUAGCUUCGUCUGGAAGAAGAAAGAGCAGAUUGAGCUCGGUCAACAGUGAUAGAAGGGAAAGUAUCAAGUCUCCUGAACCUGCCAACCAACUUAUUCAGAUUGAAAAGGCUGAAACUGGAAGUGUAAAAAUUGGUGUGUACGGCAGCUACAUUCGCUCCUUCGGCACUUUGCUAGCCCUAGGCUUUAUGCUCUGCAUGGUGCUGUUCCAAGCAUUCAGCGUCGGGGCCAACGCCUGGCUCUCUGUGUGGACUAAUGACAACGCUGCAGUGGUCAACGGUGUCCAGGACACGUCCAAACGGGAUUACUACUUGGAGAUAUACAUGUCCUUUGGCCUCGGACAGUUGUUGUCCACCUGGGCAAGUGCAUUCCUCCUUGCCUUUGGAUCAGUCCUGGCCUCCAAAUAUCUCCAUCUGUCCAUGCUGGCCAGAGUGCUCCGAGCUCCUAUGAGCUUCUUUGAUACGACCCCUCUGGGCCGCAUAGUCAACAGAUUCAGCAAAGAUAUUGACAUUGUGGACAACACAUUGCCUGGAAACCUCAACUCUUCCAUCAACUGCUUCGUUUCCGUCGCUGGAACUUUGGUUGUUAUAAUUUAUUCCACGCCAAUCUACAUUUUUGCCAUCAUUCCACUUGGCAUUCUGUACAUUUUAAUCCAAAGGUUCUACAUCGCAGCUUCUCGGCAGCUAAAGAGGAUUGAAUCCGUGACUCGAUCUCCAAUUUAUUCCCACUUCAGUGAAACAGUCAGUGGUGCUUCAUCAGUUCGAGCCUAUGGUGUGGAAAACCGGUUCAUCCGAACGUCAGAAGACAGAGUGGACUUGAACCAGAUGUGUUUGUAUCCCAGCAUGGUGUCGAACAGAUGGCUCGGUGUUCGGCUGGAGACUGUAGGCAACCUCAUGAUAUUCUUCGCAGCUUUGUUCGCUGUAAUCGGCCGAGACACUUUGAACGCUGGUAUCGUCGGUCUCUCCAUCAGUUAUGCUCUUCAGAUCACUGGUGUUCUUAACUAUGCAGUACGUCAGGCGUCAGAAGUAGAGACAAAUAUCGUAUCAGUGGAGAGAAUCAGUGAAUACUCUCAAAUUCCACAGGAGGCUGCAUGGCAACUGCAGUUCCGCCCGCCAACAGAGUGGCCAAUCAAUGGUGCCAUCAACUUCCAGAACUACCAGGUUCGCUACAGGGAGGGACUGGAGUUGGUGUUACGAGGAAUCACUCUCUCUGUCAACGGGGGAGAAAAGGUGGGGAUUGUGGGCCGCACAGGCGCAGGCAAGUCUUCUCUCACUCUCUGUCUCUUCCGUAUCCUGGAAGCAGCCGGAGGUCAUAUAGCCAUUGAUGGCAUCAACAUCGCAGAAAUGGGACUGGGAGAUCUCCGCUCCAAGCUCACCAUCAUUCCACAGGAUCCUGUGCUGUUCUCUGGCUCCUUGAGGAUGAACCUUGAUCCGUUUGAGAAGUACAGUGACAGUGACAUAUGGAGAGCUUUGGAACACGCUCAUCUCAAUGACUUUGCCCGAGGACUGGCAGCAGGACUCAACCAUACCAUCACUGAGGGAGGAGACAAUGUCAGUGUUGGUCAGAGACAGCUGAUCUGCUUAGCCCGAGCUCUGUUACGCAAGACCAAAGUGUUGAUCUUAGAUGAAGCAACGGCAGCCAUUGAUCUGGAAACUGACGACAUAAUACAACAAACAAUCCGCAGAGAGUUCAAGGACUGCACGGUGUUGACUAUAGCCCAUAGACUCAAUACUAUCAUGGACUCUGAUAGAGUUUUAGUCCUUGAUAAAGGCAUGAUCAAGGAGUUUGAUUCCCCGACCAACCUCUUAAGGUCAGAUUCUACCACCUUUUAUGGAAUGGCCAAAGAUGCUGGUUUAGUGUAAAAUGCUUUACAAUAUUAUCUAUACGAAGUGUAACUUUGAACAAAAACUUUACAGGGUAAGUUCCUCACUUUUUAAGUUUUGUAGAGAAAGUAUGUUUUUAUUUCCUGAAAAUAUUAGUUAGAUCAGUUGUAGAAAACUUAAAACCAGAUAUUUUUCAUUGUACAUUAUUGAUCAAUAUUUUUUAUGUUCCAAUAUAAAUCUGUAACAUCACUUAUAGCUUUAAAAAUAACUGUACAGUGUUAAGCUUUCAAACUUACUGUGAUAUGGUGAAUUUUACGUGCCAAAAUGAAUUUGGACAAAACCUAGACUUAGGCUAUAUUGAUACCGGUAAUGUAGGAAAAUUAAUGUUUAAAUAGCUCUACAUCAAUCUGUGAUCUUUUGAUUUUUUGAUUUAGAUUUUUUCAUAUAUAGCAUACUAUAUAUUUUUAUAUACAUAUACAAAUAAGUUAUCACAUUUGAAAGACACAUUUUUCCAAUAGGGUUAUAGUUAGCAGAAUAAAUUAAGUAUUCUAUAGCAUUCUUAUUGUUGCUAAUAAUGUAACGAUAAUAUGUCAAGGUUUUACACAUAUUCAAACUACAGUUUUUGUUAAUUUGUAAAAAUAUAUAUAUUUAUACUUUGAAUAAAAAAGCUUUUAUACAAAAUCGUUCCUUGCUAUUUUAGGUUAUAACUGUAAUGCCAAACUGGCAAUAAUUUUUUUUUAUUUUGUUGUACUUGAUUUUCUUGAAUACAUCACAUACAUGUAUUAUUUUACUACAUAUCAUAGGUGUAGACUGUUAUUAUUAUCAGCAAAACCAGCCCAUCGCUUACAGUGUUACUUAAUUAUUAUAUUACUGCAUUUGUGAACCAAUACUGUACUUAAACAAACUAAUGAAUCAAAUUGUCUAAAAUUAUAAUUUAGAUUUUGUCAAGAACGUAAUUAUCAAAGGUUGAUAAGUGUUGUUUUGUUAAUAUUUGUUAUUAAAUAAUGUUUUGUUUUAUUAUGA